UGGGCAUCUGUUCUGCCGUUUGUGUUGAAGUCCCUUCAGAGACAGAGGCCGUGCAGGGAUCGCGCAUGAAGCUAAUGUGCAUUUCUUGCAUGAAGCGAGAAGAGGUUUCUGCAAACACCAUGGUGAAAUGGUUUUACAAGGCUGAAGGAGGACAAGAUGUAGCUAUCUAUGAAUACAAGAAUGAGAAACGGGAACUUGAAAGCCCCUUCCACGGGCGGCUUGAGUGGAACGGAAGUGCAGAUAUGCAGGACGUCUCUAUCUCAGUCCUCAACGUCACUCUCAACGAUUCAGGGAUCUACACCUGUAAUAUCACCCGGGAAUUCCUCUUUGAGACCCACCGCCCCAUCUUCACCAGCUCAACACUGAUUCAUCUCACAGUGGUAGAGGACGCUGGAGAAGACUUAACAUCUGUCAUCUCUGAAAUAAUGAUGUAUAUUCUCUUGGUCUUCCUCACAUUGUGGCUCCUGAUCGAGAUGAUUUACUGCUACAGAAAAGUCUCCAAAGCAGAGGAGGCUGUCCAGGAAAAUCCUACCAACUACCUCGCCAUCCCGUCAGAAAAUAAGGAAAACUGUACCAUACCCGUGGAGGAGUAG